GUUGACAGCUUCACUUUUAACCAGCUGUCACUUUUCUAUUUAUACACAAACAGACGCCAUGUCUGCCAAAAAAGUAAAUUUUAUCAAAAAUCUGUCAAUUUGGUAAUUACUAAGUGAUUAUUAUUAUCAAUUAAUGUCUAAUUAACAAUGUCUCGUGCUUACGAAAGCGUACACAGAUUACAGAAUAAUUUGAACCAUAAAAACCAAAACCUAACCUCACAACAGAACAGGACUAAUAUUUACACCAAAAACGACAGAUUUUCAAGAAACGAGGAAAUUCAUUGUGAAAAUAGUGACGAGACUAACUUGUUUUACAGUUUUCAAAUGCAAGUCGAGGAAUGCGAUAGAGAUAAUUCAAACAGUGGUAAAUAUCAACAACAAAUGUAUACUCCAGCUUCAAGCAAAACUUUACAAUUACCAGUUUUACAACUGCCUUGUGAAAAAUGUGAUAAGACAUUUCCAUCUAAGCAGUCUUUAAGUGCACACAUAAGAAUCUUCCACGGUCCUUCGUUAAACAAGACACCAGAUGGUCAUGUCCAGCACGAAUGCGAAUACUGCCACAAACUGUUCUCCCAAGCAACCGGCUUAGCAGAACACAGACGUAUACACACAGGUGAAAAACCAUACCAAUGCAAAGUCUGCCUAAAAUCCUUCUCGAGAUCUAUUUAUCUUUGUGUGCAUUCAAGAUCACACACAGGAGAACGCCCAUACUCCUGCAAAAUCUGCAACAAAUCCUUCACACAAAAGAAGUCUUUAUCCAGUCAUGCUAGGAUACAUACAGGUGAACGUCCGUUUAGUUGUACGGAGUGCCAUAAGCCUUUUGCUCGGUCCAGUUAUUUGAGGAUUCAUAUGAGAUCUCAUACGGGGGAACGCCCGUACACUUGUGCUGUGUGUGAUAAAUCGUUUUCACAAAAAACAGUCCUUGUCGGUGCAUAUGAAGACUCAUACGAACCAGAAAAGUGGGGGGAAGAAGAAGAAGGGUCAGAAGGAUGAUAGUUUUUCAGGUGAUGAUAACUGUUACACUCCCAACGGUGUCAUCUCACAAGAUCUGCAUCUGCCAAGGGACAGAAUGAUGGAUGUUGACUCAUCCUUAAGUUCUUCACCAGGACAACCUUUACCAAGCAGUCCU